AUGGCGAAAGCAAGAAAACAUUAUCCGUUACGCAGACUCUCCGGACAAUGCCACCGUUGUCAGAACUACGGGCACUCUGCCCGUAAUUGUUUCGCUCGCCCACGGUGCGUCAAGUGCCUAGGCGAUCACGCCACCGCAGAUUGCGGCCGUAGGCCCAACACCCCCACGCCCCCCAGUUGCACCCUCUGCCUCACAGAGGGUCACACCGCGAAUUACCGCGGUUGUUCACGCGCCCCACGUCCCGCCAAAAAGAAGGCCACCCACACCCAGGGCAACCGUGCUCCGGCACGUGCCCCCGCCAAGGCUCAAACACAACCCGAGCCACUCGUACCCGCCCCUCUGCCUGCUAACAAUGCCUGGAUUAAACCCCCGGCAAUAGUAAGCAAGGUAGCACCCAACCCGCCCGCCCAGAAAGCCCCGCCCGCCCAAUCGGCCCCGCCCAUGCCCAUACACAAACCCGUCCCCAAAACACUGCCCGCGGCCCCCAAGGCCAACGGCAGCUCCCUCGCGCAGGACUUCGCAAUGGUGGCUCGCUUAGCCAGCACCAUCGACCCUAACGAGAUUGCCCUUCUGGCCUCCAAGCUCCGCCUGUAUAAGGAGUCGCCCCAAAAUAGGCUCGCAGCCGUCUGCGAGCACAUCGGCGUACUUACCGCCAUCCUCAAUUUUAACCUGUAA